GUUGUCUGACUUACUGAAAAUUAUGGCGGUUAACUUGAUUCCUUCGGUACAAAUAUAUGGAGUUUUUUUCUUUUAUGUAAUAUCUGUUCACGCAAUACUAGAUUUUCCUCAGGAACAACAUGAUACAGCUCGACACGACGUGAUAUAUUUAGAGGCAAAUUCUCAGUAUGAACAAAAUGAAACACAUAAAAAUCAACUCAAAAUUUACUGUUAUGGCAAUGUACAAAAAUCAUUUUUGCAAAUUUGGCGAAGUGUUUAUCUAGUAUUGGAACAUGCACCAAAAUCUUAUGAAAUGUUUUCUGGUGAUAAUGAAACUGAUGUUUUUAAUAAAUAUGGAGAGAAAUCUACCUGGCUUCCAACAUCUUGGCUGUAUGAACAAGAUAAAACAAUUGGAUUUCCUGCUUUUUCAGAAUAUUGUGUUGGUUUAUAUACAGGAGACUCUUAUGUUCUAAGUUUAGAAGUUAGAACAAUUAAUUACUGGAGAUUUUUGCAGACUGUUAUUGGUAUAUUAUUGUUUCUAAGUGCUCCAUCCUUAAGUAGGAAUCCUUUCUUUCAUUAUACAUCAGGUGUAUCUUUUGGAGUGCUUGCAUCUUUACUUAUCUUAUUUUAUGUAGUCAGUCGUUUUAUACCAAAGAAAAGUGCAUCCUACCUUGUACUAGCCUUUGGAUGGUCAUUUGUUCUCUACAUUUUGCAAGUUCUGUGGCGAGAUCUUAAUAACAUUGUUUCAAAUUACAAAGACAUUAUUAUGGUGUACUGUUUUGUUGUUGCAUUUUUAAGUUUCCUUGUUUGCUACAGGUUUGGUCCAGUGGAAAAUAUCAGGACCUUUAAAAUAAUACAGUAUUCUAUGCAAGUUAUAGCUGUGCUUGUGAUAUUUUUUAGUUCUGAAUACCGUGAAGUAUCUACAGCUAUAGUAUUAAUUCUUGUGACUGGAAAGUGGAUUCCCAUUAAAUGGCUUAUUAAGUUUCAAUAUUUGUGGUAUCGGUUUUUUCCACCAAAAGUUAAGCUACUUACUGAAUUGGAGUACAUAGAACAAGGUCACAUUGAAACAAAAAAGGCCUUGGAAAAUCUGAGACAAUAUUGUCAUAGUCCUGACUGUAAUGCGUGGAAAGUGAUAGCUAAGUUAAGAAAUCCUGUGAGGUUUGCCCAGUUUAUUGAAAAUGGGACUCAAUACACAGAUGAAGAGUUAUUAGAAUAUAAUUCUGAGGAAUUUUUUGAUAAUGAGUUUCACCAUUCAUCAUAUUCAGAUGACGAUAUGUAGAGUAAUGUAAUACUUUUUAGCAAUGCUGUGCCAUUCAAAAUUUACAAGCCAUGGCGUAUAUGAAAUUCAAUUUCGAAUUUCCAUCAAAUGCGUUAUAAAAAGUGUGUAAGUUGUAAAAUUGUGGCUGCUAAUUUCAUUUUUGUAUAUGAAAUGAAAUUAGAAAUAUUUUAAGAACUGUAUAAAUUUUUUAAACUAGUGACAAUUGUUUUUUGAUUUUGCGUAUAAAAAGUAAAUGUGAUUUUUGUUGAUUGACUUUUGUAUACAUUUCCAUGGAUUCUUUGAAUUAAACCAUUAUUUUUCAAACAACAUUAUUUAUUUUUCACUUUAUGUUUUAUUUUCUUUACGAAUAAUGACAACAUCAUUACUAGCCUUCAAUGGCUAUAUACAAUUGUUUAAGAAAAUGUAGGAUUAUUAAAAUAAUAAUUAUUUUUUGAUCUCGAGUGAUUUUUGUAUGCAGCUUUUCAUGAUAUGCUUUGAAGUAAAAUAUUAUUUAUUUUUAAAGACUCACAGUUAAUUUCUUUUUGGUACUGACAUAUUAUCACAACCAUCUUAGCAGAAAUCUCUAGUCCUUCAGAAUAUACCAAACUCUGGUAACCAUGCUCAUAAUGAUUAUUCAGGCAACCAUGUGCAUGAUUUUCCAAUCCAUCAGUUUCCAAUGCUGCCAUUUUCAUAUGCAUUCUUUCUGUUGUAUUCCAAAUUCCAAUGCCUUUUAUGGGAAAAUAAUGAUUAUUUUUUGUCUUAACCCUUUCCGUCAACUACCUUUUGGGUUUUGAAAUUAAAACAAGUUGGAGUUUUGAA